AUGUAUGCGACGAAGACGUAUCCGGGCAUACAGCCCAUCUACUCCCAGAAUUUUUUGUGCCGAGCCACCCUUUCUGCCUGCGCAGGCAUCGCGCUUGGGAUCACCAUCUCCUUGAUCGUCAAUUGUACCCUUCUGGAGAUAUCCCUGAACGCUUUUUUCGCGACCUACUUCGGCGUGUUGUUCUGCUGUGUGGGUUGCAUUAUUCUCUGGCGGCUGAAGCAGCAGGAGGUGAAUACCGCCCACCCGUCCGCGAGCGACGAGGCCGACGCGCGAAGGAAAUUCCACCUGACGCUCUUUAGCUACCUCAUCAUCGCGAGCGGCGUCUUGUGCUUCAUGCUCGAGAAGGACUGGUACUUCAAGCUUUCUCCGCUAACGAAGGUGCCGCUCUACAGCGUGCUCGGGAUCAGUGUCAGCUUCGCGCUCACCUUCUCGGUAAUCGACCUGGUCAACUACACAGUCGGCUUCGUCCAGGGGAACACCAUCGCGCGCCCCAUCGUGGAGUCGCCAAACCAGGUGCACGUCGUCCUGCUGUUGGCCUUCUUCAUGGGCGCCAUUUUUGGUUGCAUUUUCGGCCUCCUACAAGUCGCGGACGAAAGCAAGUACAAGAUCCGCCUGUCCCUGCUGCGAGUAGAGCACUACUGCUACCAGAUCGGCGGACUGCUCGGCGCCAUCGGGGGCGUCGCGAACGAGUACCUGCGGCACAUUGAGGUCGUUUACUCGCCCGUGUCCCUGGAAUUCGACGACGACAUUUAA